CAUCUGUCAACAACUAAACUGACAUCUCUAGUUGAUAGAAUAUAAUUGCAAAACAAAAGCAGAGCGCAAGUUAAAAUUUAAUUAAAUCGAUAAUUUGUUAUUAAAUAAGUUAAAAGAAAAUUGUUAUAAAAAUGCCGUACGAACAGCAUCCAGUGGAUCUGGAAGAAAUCGAAAAUGUUCGAGUGGUGGUUCGUUCUCGUCCCAUGGACAAGUCGGAAAUCCAGAAUACUUCUUUAAAUGUUGUUAAAGUUGAUAAAAUCAAUAGAUCAAUAACUGUUAUCAAGCCAAAUGCAACACCAAAUGAACCUCCAAAGACUUAUUUCUUCGAUAAUGUUUUUGGCGACGAUUCGAGUCAGAUUGAUCUUUAUGUAGACACAGCUCGCCCCAUUGUGGAAAAAGUCCUUGAGGGUUACAAUGGCACAAUUCUUGCCUAUGGACAAACUGGAACAGGGAAGACUUACACCAUGUCUGGAAACCCCGAUUCCCCACAGACAAAAGGCAUUAUUCCAAAUGCAUUUGCACACAUUUUCGGACACAUUGCCAAGGCCAAAGAUAACCAAAAGUUUUUGGUUCGUGUGAGUUACAUGGAAAUUUACAAUGAAGAAGUCCGAGAUCUCUUAGGGAAAGACGUAAACAAAAGCCUUGAAGUCAAGGAACGUGCUGAUAUUGGGGUGUUUGUAAAGGAUCUCAGUGGUUAUGUGGUUCACAAUGCUGACGAUUUGGAGAACAUAAUGAAAUUGGGAAAUAAAAACCGUGCUGUCGGUGCAACCAAAAUGAAUCUUGAGUCAUCUCGAUCGCAUGCAAUUUUCUCCAUCACUGUAGAGUCGAGUGAAUUGGCUGAUGGAACACAGCACGUGAAGAUGGGUAAACUGCAAUUGGUUGAUUUGGCAGGAUCCGAGAGGCAAAGCAAGACCCAAGCAACUGGCAUUCGAUUGAAAGAGGCUACUAAAAUCAAUUUAUCGCUUUCGGUGCUGGGAAAUGUCAUAAGUGCACUGGUCGAUGGAAAGAGUACACAUAUCCCGUACAGAAACUCGAAACUUACACGAUUGUUGCAGGAUUCUUUGGGUGGAAACUCUAAAACCGUCAUGUGUGCAACAAUAAGUCCAGCUCAUUCGAAUUAUGUUGAGACUAUAUCGACGUUGAGAUAUGCCAGUCGAGCCAAGAGCAUUCAGAACAAAAUGCAUAUUAACGAGGAACCCAAGGACGCUUUACUUCGUCAUUUCCAAGAGGAAAUUGCACGUUUACGGAAGCAACUGGAAGAGGGUUGCUUCGAACCAUCGGAAUCAGAGGUGUCUGAAAGUGGUGAAGAGAACGAAGAGGAAGAAAUUGAAAUCGAAAUAGAAAACGAUGUUACCAACGGACAGACAAAAAAACCCAAAAAGAAGAAAAAUGCAGAGAAGUCAGAUGCUGAAAAAGAAGCCUUGGAGAAAAAAGCCAAGGAACGUGAGCGUGAAUUGGAUAGAGCAAAAUCGGAACAAGAGCAUUUGAAAUCCAAGCUUAUGUCCCUGGAGACAAAGAUUUUGGUUGGUGGUGAGAAUUUCCUUGAAAAGGCCCAGACACAGGAAAAGCUUUUGGAAAAUUCACUUGCAGAGUUGGAAAUGCGGGAAAAAACCGAAGAAGAAUUAAGAAAGUCACUGCAGAAGAAAGAAACUGAACGUAUAGACAUCGAAGAACGCUAUUCAAGUCUCCAAGAUGCUAGCACUGGAAUAACUAAAAAAAUUCAUCGUGUGAUGCAAAUGUUGAUGAGUGUCAAAGCGGAACUGGCCGAUCAACAGCAGGAACAUCAACGUGAAAAAGAAGGAAUCUAUGAAAACAUCCGUAGUUUGUCCAGGGAAUUAGCCUUAUGUGAACUUGUUUUGAAUUCAUAUAUUCCUCAGGAAUAUCAGAUGAUGAUUGGCCAAUAUACCCAUUGGAAUGAGGACAUUGGCGAAUGGCAAUUAAAAUGUGUUGCUUACACGGGAAAUAAUAUGCGAAAACAUAUCGCUGAUAAUGAACAAAAUGCCAAAGAGUUGGACUUUGUUGAUCUGUCACAUGUCUAUUUGAGUUAUAACACCGAAGCUGUUGUAAAUCCCGUUCGUGCUAAGUCAGCCAGACCAAGAACUUCCGGUGUACCAAGACCAACUACAGCGAGACGUUAUUAAUUCAAACUAAGGAUUCAAAAAAAGAAUGCGUUUUUUCUUGUUUUUAAUUUUAAUUUAAAUUUU